AUGAAGUUUUCACAUUUGACCCGGAGCGUGUUUCGCGCAAUUCUCGCCAAUAAACCAUAUGCCAUUCGAGACUGUCAAAGGGUCGUUGGAAGGAGAACACUUUCUCAGUACACCCGCACCUCCUACCAACUCCACCAAAGGCGUCAUCUCUUCGGUCUGAACUUUGGUGGUGCUCGACAAGGCUUCCAGGAUGCUAGAGCCACGCCCGCCAACAUCGAACUUGCGCUGAGCAAGUUGGUUGAUCUCGUUAGGGCGAGAAGGAGCCAGUCUCGAUUUCCUCCAGAUAGCGAGAUCGCCGAUGCUCUCAGGUUCCUCUUCACUUCACGAAUUGAGACGCCCCGUCGCCUAACGAGAAAUGAGGUAUUCCUGGCCACUGAGGCUUUCAAGCAUUUACAAGAGCGCGGGCACAUUUUGAAAGAGGAUACCAAGACAAGCCUGUCAGAAGAGGAUCUUGACAAUAUCUUGCUGGCAUUAGCAUCUGCUACAGGUCAUGAUCGAUUUCGGACGGAUGCCCGUAUUCUAGCAACAUUGGUCUUCGAUGCACUCAAAGAUCGGCCGGGGGCUGCAGAGGAUCUCAAGAUCCCUGUCCAACCGCAUGGACAUCACCGGGCUCAAGGUUCACUAUUGUUGACCUACAUUACCGUGCUUUCCAAAACAGGAUCAGCUCAGGACGCUCUGGAACUCCUUCGCAAAUCUCCCAACAGCUCCGAGACAGCCAGCUUCCCACUGUGGAUUGCUGUUUUGCGAGGUUUGGCGAAUGAAGGGCGAAUGCCAGAGUUUUGGAAGCUCAUUCAAGAGGUGCAGAAAACCGUCGGGCCUCUAGAUGCUGUCUCUCAAGAAAUAUUGAUUACUUAUUUUGCGCAGCAUGACGAGAUCUCUACUUUGAAAAAGGUCUUCUCCUUGCCUUUAGCGGAAGGCCAGGUGCCGACAACGCCGACAUUAGUCAAAGUUGUGGACUGUGCGAUGCAGAAUGGAGAACUGGAAUGGGGCGCAAAAGCGGUGCACCAACUGCAGCAGCGGACCGAUUCAGGCGAUAUGGCAGGGACUUUACUUCUCUGGCAUGCCACGCACGAUCCAGAUGUCAAUCACAUACGGCAAAUGAUUCAACAGCUCUUGGAACGGGGGGUCACUGACGCAGUAUCUAUGAAAAGCUUGAAUCGUGUUAUCGAGUACGCCUAUUCGCAAAAUAACCCUGAGACGGCCACACGCUACCUGGACCUGGCCGAAUCUCUUGGCCUUCAUCCGGAUGCUCGAACUCGAGCCUUGCAGUUAAAUUACGAACUGAAGCGCGGAGAUCGUGCAGCUGCAGCCCAGGCAUACGAGCUCCUCUCCAGAGAAGAUAUACCAGUCGACAGGUCGGACGUACCCAUUUUGAACCACUACAUUGCUGCGUUGUCCUUUUCUGCGGAUCCUGAAUACAUCCACCUCAUGCAAGUCGUCGACCAUCUCCUCGAAAGUGGGGCCGAGCUGGAGGCUGAAGCUAUCGCGGGUCUGUGCCACGUCUUCCUUCAAAAAGACGAAUUAGAAGAAGCGACGGGUCUGCUCCGCCAUAGGGUCGACUCCUACCCCAUGGAUGACCGAGCUCGAAUAGCAGCGGUCUUCCGUCAAUUCAUCAUCGACUCGACUGUUAAGGAUCAACGCGCCUACAAUGCCUAUGAACUGUUCCGUCAUGCGUUCCCUGAAGCACCGGUACGAGACCGCAUUACCUUGAUGCAGUCGUUCUUCGAUCGAAGUCGUCCUGACUUGGCUUGCCUCGUUUUUGGCCAUAUGCGGCAGCGUGAAGAUGUCGAAGCUCGUCCCACGCCUGAGGCAUACGCAAAAUGCUUUGAGGGUAUUGCCAAAUGUAAAGAUAUCGAUGGCUUGCAGAUGGUCUACAACAUGCUCAAAUUGGAUUUGGAAGUCGAGCAGACUACACGCAUCCACAAUGGUCUCAUGGCAGCAUACACGGAGUGUCAACAACCAUUCGUCGCGAUCAUCGACCAUUUUUGGAAAAUCAUGGAAUCGCGCGAGGGGCCUACAUUGAGUUCUUUUAUCCUUGCUCUGCGGGCGUGUGAGAGGUGGAUACCACAGGGCGGACACGAGGCAAGACGCAUUAUGGCGUUGAUGCAGAGCUUCGACCUCGUCAUCACAAAAGAAGUCUAUGAUGCCUAUAUUGGCGCCCUUGCUGGACAGUCCGAAUUCGAAAAUGUCGUGGAAUUGAUUGAGGUGAUGGAACGCGAUAUAGGCGAGCCGCCUGACGCAGUCACCAUUGGCACAUUUUAUAACGCAAUACCUUGGCAGUAUCGCAAGGAUGAGGUGGAGAAGUGGGCAAAGAAGGCUUAUCCAGACCUCUGGGCCGAGUUGGAAAGUUUUGGCGAUGUCAUUGAUGAAGAGUGGGAGAUCAGGUAUUUCAAGAUUGAUCGCUCGGUCGAUGUGGACGACGAUCUGUUGUUUCAGAAGGGCGAGUACCAUCCUGUCAUUGCACAAGAGAGUCAAGCGAUGUUGGAACAUCCAUUGAACUGA